CUUUCAUUUUCUCAUGAAGAUCCUCCCCUUUUGAUAAGAUAUAUAAUGAGCUCUGAAACAGGUGCAGUAUUACAUUCACCUCCUGAUCAAAGAUGGAUCUGCAAAUCUCAGUUUUUCUUCUCUUCAGUCUUUUCACUGCAGGACACUCUCUCAUCUGUUAUGAGUGUGAUUAUGGCUCUUGUUCACAGACAACAUGCCCCAGUGGAUCUACCUGCUUAAGUACAACAGUUGUUUUAAAUAAUACUAUAACUAAGGGUAAAGGUUGUGUUCCAGCAAGUCUCUGUGUAAAUGGGUUCGUCAGCUACAGCUCUAUAAAGGCCUCUCUUUCCUGCUGUAACACAGACCUGUGUAACUCCCAAGAUGCUCCAGAGCCCUCUAAUACCCUGAAUGGAAAGAAAUGUUACAGUUGUGAUGGAGCAACACAGAACUGCACAAACAUUUUGAGCUGUUCAGGGACUGAAGACCGCUGCAUUACAGGGACUGAUGCAAAUCAGACAAUGGUUGCAAAAGGCUGUGCCUCCAAAUCUUAUUGUGAUGGCGCAGCAGCAAUUGCUAACCCUAAGCCUUGGGAGCGUCUCAUGUUGUGAGGGGAACCUGUGUAACGGUGAUCAGAGUAAUGGUGCUCAGAGUGUCUCCCAGAGCUUCCUGUUCCUCUGCUGUUCUCUGCUCUCCUACUUCCUGCUGCACUGAAUCCAGCAGCUCUUCAUCCUACAACCAGACACACUGUACAGAAUAUAGAGCUUUUAUUUUUAUCUGUACUAGAUUUGACCUGGUAUGAGGAAUUUUUAAACAUAUACAAAAUCUGAUUAGUUAAAGGAAACAUAUAUAUAUACAGUUUAAUAAAGUUUAAUAAAAUGUGUUUAAUAAAGCUUGCCAUGUAAGCAUUAAAAUGUUGAGCUUGGUAAAGCCUCAGUUUCCUUCUAAUCUCCUCCAUAUCUCUUUAAAAUACAGCAUUCUGUGCAGAAUUCAAAUGGGUCUGAUAUGUUUUGUGGUCCUGCUGUGGUCUGUGGACUGUGGCACGCUGCGGCGGUUCGCCCGACACUAACAUCAAACCAGACUUCAUUCGCCUCAAUGGAAAGUAUAUGUCUGAUUUGUUCCCUAUCCCCUAUAUAGUGUACUACCCCACUAGAAAUUUUACGUUCCCAG